AUGGAAGCAAUCCAAGGGGGAAAACUCGCAGAUCUGUGGAUCCAACGACUAGUGCAUGAGACUACGAAAGACGUGCGACCAGGGUUUCACAUCCCGGAGGAUGAAGUGUUGGGUUUCAAGGGUAGAUUAUGCAUGCCUGAUGAUAAGGAGAUCAAGAAACAAAUCUUUUAUGAGGCUCAAUAUAGUAUUCCUUAUGCUAUGCACUUGAGAACCAAUAAGAUGUAUCAGGAUCUCAAAAGAGACUUUUUGUGGGUAGGAAUUAAGAGAGAUGUAGCGGAGUUACCACACACUUUGAAAGGGCACGGCGCAAUCUGGGUUAUCGUGGAUAAAGUGAAAAAAUCCGCUCAUUUCUUACCCAUUAAGAAAACAGAUGGUGCAGAUACGUUGGCAGACUUGUACAUUGCUGAGAUAGUGCAAUUACAUAGGGUUCCCAUCUUUAUAGUGCCUUAUCGUGACAGUCGAUUUACCUUUGGGUUUUGGAAGAGAAGAAAGUUCCAAUCUCCAAUCCACUGGCAUGAGACUGGUGAGAGGAUAUUCUUCUGUUCAGAAGAGGUAGACCAAGCUACAGAGGACAUUAGGUCGAUUCGUCAGAGGUUACAGACCUCUAUAGAUUACCAACGUAAGUAUGCUGAUCGUCGACGGAGACCUUUAGAAUUUGAAGUUGGGGAAAAUGUAUUGUUAAAGAUAGCUCCACUGAGAGGAGCUAUGAGGUUCGGGAAAAAGGGAAAGUUGAGCCCUUAG